CCCCACCUUCUAUUAAAUUCUGGUCCUUUUUCUUUUUAACUUUUAAGAGUCAGCUAGCACUCGUUCACAUUCACAUUUCCACAAACCCUCAAAUGUUUACAUUCCCAGCGUUACCAGCACACACACACACACAGUAGUAUAUAUACUCAAGUUUUACGCUUUGUAGCUACCACUGCUCUCCAAAGACAAUAAUAGGUUCUCAAGUUCCAUGGAUUGGUCAGACAAGCUCUGCUUUGCAGCUUUACUGAUUGCUGCUGCUGUCAUACAUGGCACCAGUGGAGAUACCACGGUAACUGGCACCGUCUUCUGUGACCAAUGCAAAGAUGGCCAAAUAUCCCUCUUCGAUUAUCCCCUUUACGGCAUAAAGGUAACGAUGGCCUGCCCUGGCAGUAACGGACAACUGGCAGCAUGGAGAGAAGAAACAACGAACUGGGUAGGAGGUUACGCGAUGAGGUUCGAUGGCACACCAGAUUUGAGAGGUUGCUAUGCUCAAGUUUCGGGCGGGCAAGGUUCAUCAGGCUGCGGGGCAGCAGCUGGUCCGCCCAAGUCUCUCAGAUUAAUGUUCAACAUGUUCGAUAUGGAAAUGUACGUUGUUGAUCCCCUGAUUUCUCAGCCUGCACAACCCAUGUCCUUCUGCCCCGGGUCCACCUCUCCCGUACCAGCACCCGUAAACCCUGCAUUACCUCCUCCGGCAACCUCAUUUCCCCAACCACCGCCUGUGGCACGAUCAACUCCAUUGCCGCCAAUUCCAUUUGUGGAAGCUUCAGCUUGCCCGUAUCAAAAGUGGAUAAUGGCAGAAUACAGAUGCCACUGGAAGGUGGUGACACCAGACACAAAGGUGGCGGUUGCGUUCGGAUUGAUAGCUGCGCAGAGAUAUGGGACGGACUUGACGCUGUGGAGAGGGUUGCAAGGGAAAGGGGAAGCUUAUAGGACCCUGCUGAGAGAAGGGACGGCUGCGCUUCUGAAUUCCUACAACAGCAUUCAGUUUGCUUACCAUCCUCUGGCCGUAAUUGAACAUAUGAAUUGGGCGUUGACGGGUUCUUCGGAGCAAGUUUUAGGCACUGCUCUCAAAUUCACGAGGGCCAACUCGGGCAACGCUCAUCUUUCCUGUACGCUUUCUCCUUGCAAGUCAUGAUUUAUCACUACCACUCCAAUCAAUAGUCAUUCCUUUUGCUGUAUCCAUUUUUCAAUGUUGGACUUUGGAUCCUCCUCUUAUAUUUCUACACCUCCUCGUAUUUUGUAGCACUUUUUCAUACCAUAGUAGCAAGCUCCAGCUUGUAUUUAUCAUUAAUUCCAGGUUUUAUUUUAAAAGUUACAAAUA